GUAGCCAUAUGCUCAAUCUUUAUCUUUCGAGGAACAGAUAACUUACAAUGGAUUAUUUACUUCCUUCUGCUACCCAUAAUAUUGUUCAGCAUUGUAUUAAUGAUAAAUAUAGCUACAAAUAUAACUUAUAUGGGUAGGAGGAAAGUCUCGCAAUGCUGGCAACAACUGAUUUCAGUUUAAAAAAUACAACUGUAGGAAUAAAAAAUAACUUUUAUUUCGUAAAAUUUGAAGAAAUUCUAGCUCUAAAUGGUAACAGUCCUGAUUUUAGAUAUUUCGUCUGAACCGUUGCUAGAAUUCUUCAGCUUUUAACCAUUUUAUGCAUGAUUUUUAUCCAUCAAAUUACAUCUUUGGUUAACUGUCAAGUAUCAACACAGUAAGCAGAUCCAUAACAAACAUUGUGUAGAAAUGGCUCAUUGGUUCCAUAGAAAUGUUUUUAAAGCGACAGCACCAGUUAAUUUCGAUCUAAAACUAAUAGCCAUGGACGGUGAAGCAUUAAAAAUUUGUAGUGACCUGAAGCAGUCCAGAGCGCGGCUUAUUCAGUUAUUCCCAGAUGCCAACCAUGCUCCGGAGACAGUUGAUGUUGCUUUCAAUCAGUAUAUGGCUAUUUUUAUUGGUUUUUUAACUUCACCUGACAGUAAAAAUACUGGAGUAGAAAGUAAGAUGCGUUAUAGUGUGCUUUUUAAGUGGACACACACUCUGCUGGGAAAUAAACCGCAGUUGAUGAGAGACUCAUAUUUUGAGGGUGCUAACAUGAGUUACAAUGUAGCAAUUUGGUACAUGAAACACGCAGCCAUGCUUGCUGGAAAGGAUGACAUCACCAUGGAAGAAGCAAAGGAAGUGCACAAAUGCCUAAGGAAAGCUGCUGGCAUAUUCAGGUUUAUUCAAUCCCAGUAUUUGCCUCAGUUACCAGGGAAACAGCUUGAGGGUGGUGAUCUUGAUCCACGUGUCCUGUCUGCUUACUUGACACAAUGCACUGCAGAAGCACAAGAAGUCACAGUUGCAAGGGCGGUGGAACUGAAACACAAUCCAAGUUUAAUAUCAGCUUUAUCGAAUGAGACAUCCAAAAUGUUUGCUGAUGCUGCAACGGUAUUAGCUACAGUUGAGCAAGCAAAGCAGUGGGUGCUCUACCUGAAGAUUAAGGCAGCUUUCUAUGAAGCUUAUGCAUACACUUUUUGUGGAGAAAAUCUCUUGUCACAGGACAAGUGUGGAGAAGCUGUAAGGGGCUUACAGGAGGGUCAAACCAGUUAUAAAAGGGCAAUAGAACUUAGUAAGGAAUAUGCAAAAACUAAAGGCCCUGCUCCAAAAGUGAAGCCAGAAACUCAUGCAUCUUUUCGUCGGUUGUCACCACUUCUAAACCGAACCUUGGAAAAGUGUGUAAGAGAAAAUGGAUUCAUCUACCAUCAGAAGGUACCUGCUGAUCCACCUGAACUAGAACAUAAGGCAACCUAUGGGCUGGCCAGCCCUGAGGAAUUCUCAAUGCCAUCACCAUGUCCUCUCUGGAACCCUGCAUCAUAUGCUGCAUUUGAUGACUCUAAAAAUGCUGCAGCCAAUGAUCCAACAACCAGCUCGAAUACAGCAGCAAAACUGGAAGGAGAACUUCCAGCAGUGAAGGAAGCUCAAGUUCACCAGUCAUCUAAGGACCCAAAGACUGAAAGUGGAUGCAGCAUACAAUAACAUAAAAAUUUCAGUGGUACUAUUGGUUCUGGGGCAAGUCAAGCUUACGAAGUGCAGCUGUUUAUAUGUCUGUGUUAUCACAGGUUGCGUAAACUAUUCCUGUUCACACACACUCUGUAACCAAAUACAUAAAUGUAACAUUUAACUAUUUGUGGCAAUUUCUUUGCUUUUAGUUGUGCCUCUUGGGCUUGAUAUGCAGUUUUACAUGUGUAGUAUCAAUUUUAAUUAAUAUUGUAAAAGUGCUAUUACUUAAUGUUGUUUUGCUUCAUAUUAGGCAGAGUCAAUAUUCUGCUCUCAAAGCUAGAUGUCUAUAUACAGAAAAUAUAAUGUCUCAAAGACUGUAAUUAUUACAACAUUUUGUUUUAUUUUCAAAGUAUUAUCUUCUACUGCAUAAUUAACUGUUUGCACAUACAUUGUUGUUCCUGAAGAGGAAAGUUUUGACAUUGAUUACUACAGUUCCUUUGACAUUAAUUUUAUUUUUUCAUAUUUUAGUGGAAGCAUUUAUUUAUUUAUUUACAAAAUAAUUGUAAGAUAAAGAUGUAGAGAAGAAAAUAUAUAUUUACAAAGAAAUUGUAUAUAAAAAUUAUAUUUUUAAAAGUUAUGUGGUACAUGCUUUAAUGCUGAUGUGAUAAUUACAUUUGUGCUUUUUGAGUGGGGUACUCUGUUUUAUGAGUUAUAUGUUGCCUGAUUAUUUUAAUAGCAGAUAAAUGUGAAUAUUUUUACCAGUUAACACUUUUGUGUUACUACCUGUAGAUGAUGCAAUCAUUGUACAAAAGUAUGCUUUGUAUAUGGGCAAGUGCUGUAAGAUUUUAAGUCUUCAACAUUAUUAGAAACAAAUCACUGUAUCCAAACACAAAACAGAACUUUAUAACAAAUAUUCAAUUGAUUGGACAUUGACAGGAAGUGGUAGAAUGGUGAUUGGAUACUGGAGGACUCAACUGUUGUGGUCAUUAGGUGUUAGAAAUUUCACUUCCUAUGCUUUCAUGAGGGUUACUUCUAAGUUAAUACAAUACUCAAAGGAUUUAAAAGUGUAUAAAGUAAACAGCAGUGCUUCUGCAGUAUUCCUCAUCUUUGUUGUGAAGACCCCAUGUCUGUCUCAAAUAAGAAUGAGUACCUCAAGUAAAGGAAAGGCAACUGCUCACCUGUAGCAAACUGAUGUGUGUUACAUAGAUGGUACAUAGACACACGUAAAAGAACACAGUAUUAACUAGAUUUCACACCCUGACUCUUUUUUUAUCAGAAAAUACACACACUACCACACAGACACCCAUAUGCACACUGAACAUACUUCCUUAAUCUAAGGUUUGUUUGGUUUCAAUUUCAUGGCUGUAGACUUGUUUGUGCUGAGCAAUUGGCAUGUCACGCUGAAGUGUCCAGCAAUAGUCAGCCACAACAACACAAAUUUUAAAGAGCAAUGUUGCCGCAGUAGUGUGCAAUGCUGCUAUCUGGUAACACUGAAAAACAGAGUUUAAAAAUUGGCAAAUAUCGUGGUAUCCAACACUUAUUCUAAGACAAGUGAAACAUGCUGAUUCAAAAUACACAAACCAUUUGUCUCUACAAUGCACCGUUUUUUAGUACUACAUAAUGCAUAUGCUAUAUAGUAAUAUCUAGUUCAAGAUGUAAUACACACAAAAGCCAUACACAUUGACAAUACUUCUUUAAUUUAAAGUGUGUUUGGUUUGAAUUUCUUGGCUGUAGACUUGUGUUCAUGCUGAGCAUUUGGUGUGUCACGCUGAAGUACCCAACACUAGUUAGCUAACAUUGCUGUAGUCCAUCAGCGCAGAUACUAUUACUCCAUUAGUGAGUUAUCCUUUAGAAAAUCUUCACAUGUUUGUCACUCGCUGAACCUAGGUUUUUGGGAAGAAGUCAAGAUGUGAGUUGAGGAGAUGAAUUUUGAGGCACAUGUUGACACCCAGCUGUUUGUAUGCACUGAUGCACUUCUUCACAACAUUUACACAGUCAGCGGAUUUAUAAUUUAUAGCUGAUUUGUAUACCACCCAUGUGUUUCUUUCUGAAUUAUUCAGUAAGUCUCGGAAACGACUGUCCACAAUUACCUUCCUUAUUUGUGGACCUAUGGACUCACCUUCUUUCACUUUCAUAUAACUCAACUCUGGAAACUUGUUGCACAAAAAUCCAAAAUCACCUGAAUCAUUGUCUAGUGCCUUCACAAAAUUGUUCAUGAACCCCAGCUUGUUAUAAAGUGGUGGUGUGAUAACUUUGUCGCAGUCAGUCAGUGGCACAUGAAGGACAUUUUUAUUUCCUGGCUAGAUUCUGUUUCUGAUUGGCCAAUUUUUCUUUAUGUAGUGGUGCUUACUACUCUACUGUCCCACUUACAGAUAAAACAGCAGUACUUGGUGUACCUUUUCUCCAUUGCCAUGAAAAUGGUGAUAACUUUUAAGUGGCCACAGUACACCAUUUAUACUCAUGGUACCCCACAUUUUUUUAGAAUAUCCAGCUGGUACUGCUGCAUACUUGUUUCCUUGUAUAACAACACUGCUUUCAAACUCUCUUUUAGAAGAGUUAAUGAAGAACCACCAUGCUUCAAUGUUGUGUUCUACCCCGAGGGUUGACAUGAGGCAACAAAUGCCAGCACAGUAGCAAAUAGUGUCACUCAUUGCAAAGAAUUUCACAAAUUCUUCAUAUCUGUGGCAAAAAUAUGAAGCCGUUGUAUCCAGUGCAAGCAAAUUAAAUUCUUUAAUGCACGAAGUGAGCAUUUCAGCUUGUUAGUGCCAGUCCAGUACAAAAUCACAAAGGUCAGCAUUGUUCAUUAAAUGAAUACCUUCUCCAGAUUGGUAAUCAAAGUCUGAUACAUUGCUGAAAGAUGAAAGAGAACUUUCUUGCAUUUCUUCAUCAACUGUGUUUUCUGGAGGUGCUAUUUAUUUGCAUUAAACAAGUGGUGGGAUUAUGUGGAACUGGUUUAGAAACUAAGAGAACAUUGGGCUACAUUACAGGUGCACAAGUAUUGUAAGAAAAAUCUAGUGACAUUUGCCAAACAAUUAACAGUCUGUGGUGUGGUAGCUUGACUCACGCCAUAUCACAGGAACUCCAAAUGCCAGAUGGUUAUUCUUCUUCACUUUCCUUAUCCAGUCAUGCAAGUUGCAUGCACAUGUCCAGCAGACAAACGGUGGUGACCACAAUUUACCAGUAUCCACCUAUGAAUCGAAGUAUAAUUCAUAUAGUUUCUUCAGAAAUGGUGUAAAAGUCUUCCGAUGGGACUUGUAUGGUAGAAAGAUGCACACAAUGCAGAACGAAUCUGGUUAAUUUAUGCAACCUCCAUGCCUUAAUACUGUCCUAAACUGAAAAUAAACAAGAAAUUAAUGAAAUAUUAGUAGUGCAAUAUCGAAAAUGUUUUGACAUACUGCCUUAAAUAUAAUUAUUUUUACAGUCAACAAAAAUAUUGUAUGGUGUUGCACAAAAAAUUACUGAAAAUAAAGGGGUAAAAGAAAUUAAUGGUGGUCCAUGAAAAUUAACUUUUGUCAAUAUCUUCAAAACAUGACAUGGUAGAGGAAAAUGAUUUUCGGACUUGAAAUUCGAACACCAAACUACAGAACAAAAACAAAAUACCACAUUAGAUAUCUAGAGCUAGUUUAUCAGUGUUGCCACACCCACGGUUAUGUGCGCUUGAGUGUCUUUGUGAUUUUGCAUGUGGAUGUGUGUAAUUUCUAACAGGAGGAAAACAGGGCUCAGAGGUUGCCUUUCCUUUAUUUUAUGUAUUUUUCAUUCAGGAAUUCUCAUUAUUUUUGUCCAGUAAUAAUGAAGUACAAAUGAGUGCCCUAGCUGUCUUUCAUCUUUUUUUUUCCUUCUCUGUGUCAGGUUGCAAAUCCAAGGUUUGAGAUUCAAUCACUGAUUUACCCCUGGAGUUUGUUUCUAGCACCUAAUGUGACUAAACACUAACAAUUCUUAGUGUGUGGGGAAAAUGCCUAAUUAAUGUAUGGUUCACUAUAGAAAACAGCACAAGCCACUCUCUAACUGACUGGGUAAGCUAGGUUGGAUGAUGGUGGAAGAGGAAAGUGCACCAUGUCAUAUGUCCAUGUGUGGUAAAGUCCUGUAAUCAUAGUAGUGUGCAAACAAAUCUAGGGCUUUAAUAGCACUUUAUGUUUUUGUGGUGUGUGAAAUAUUUUGGUGGACAUGUGAUAAUAUACAGUAUUCUAGCUUAGAUAACAAUUUAUUCUAAGGUUUCUCUGGCAAAGAUCGGGCUUCUUCAUUUAGUUCUGUAAUGAUUUUCCCCAUUGAUGUUGUAAUUUAUAUGUUGGAACCAAAGUGACUACUGGUGUAACAUCAUUAAUUCAUCAGACUGUGUAGAUAUUUGAUCUACUGUCUUGUAAGCAUUAAGUAAAAUAUGGUGAUGUACCUUAAUAAAAUGAAUGAAGUAUCUUUACUUUUACACUUGAAUUGUUCUUAUAAAUUUGAUAUGAAAAUCUUUUGAAGCUUCAUGUUGUUUAGCCAAUUAGUGCUUGAAAAUUUUACAUUUGUUACCUUUCCUCGUGUGUUAGAAUGAAAAGAAGCAUUUAAAGUGAAAAAGCAGUUUUUAUCUUUCUAGGUUUAAUACACUACACCAGAAUGCUAAUUACUAUUGCGGGCAAGAUAUACAUCUCUAUGAAAAGGUUACACAUUUUUGUAUUAACAAAAACAAAUUAAAGAUGAGUACAAAUUACCAAUAAAAAAAGUUAAAUUAUUUGGUAUGAUAAAGAGCAAAACACUCAACAAACAAUCCCAUAUUACAGUUCUUGCACUGGUAGCAUGCUGAUGUCCUGCUGUUUAUUUCAAUAUAUUUCCUUUGAUUUCCUGUAUUUUAACUAUCAGGUGGUUCAUCCCAUUAUAUUCAAGUUUGUUUGCUACAGUAAUGGAGUGUGAGGUUCAUCCAAAGUGCUUUUGGUGGUGUCAUGUACUGUCUCAUGUACACCUGCACAAAUUCUCAUGGAAAGUUUACAUGGACAGUUGAAUUUCCAUUUUUGCAGUAAGCUAUCAAGACAUUGUGUACAGUGACAUCCAAUAACGAACUGGAAAGAACCGAGUCCAUUUCUAUUAAAGAUUUUUAUCCUGUACUGAUUCACAUGUUGAUCCUCCAUUUGAUCAGGUCCUCACACAUGCCUGAUGUAUUCUGUAAGUAUAGAUGGAUGGUUAAGGAACGCCAAGGAGUACCAUUGACUGUUGAGGGUAUUGUAAUUACAAUAGUUACUGUGUUCACCUCACUUGUACUUGAUGCUGCAGAAACAAUGGAAUGAAACAGAAACAGAUCGCUUCUUUUUUAUGGCACAAUCAGUAGUAACUCUUUCAUAUUUCUCAAUUUUCUUCUUCUGUGGAAGAUAAAAUGUUCUCUAAUUGACUUGGUGCCUCCAAAGCCUUGUUCUCUAAGAAAAAUCACAAAAGCAAAUAGACUUACUAGAAUAAUGUAUAAAAUUAUUUAAAUGCUCCCAUUAGUGCUUAGUACUACAUUUGUGAAAAAUUAGCAUAUGUCCCUGUGAUGCAAAUAAUGUUGCAUAAAUUUAAAUAAAUGACAUGUGAUUGUUGGCUUAUUGAGGAACUACUUACAGUUUCUGAACCUGAACAAAACUUAUUUUACUAGUUAUAUGUACUCUUUUUAACUUCACGAUGUGAUGAGGUUCAAGCUGUAGAAAUAAUGUUUAAAUUCAGUUGCCAGUUGUUCCCAAUUACGUACUGCUUCUCACAACUACUGACACAGGUAUGAAAGAACAGAUGUUCAACAAUCCUUAAACAAACCUAAUAAGAUUAUAGAUUGUCUAAGGGCAAUAAUGGAUUAAUUUGUAGAAAUGAACUUAAAGAAUUUGUGUAGUUAAUGUGCUUACAACUUAAGCAUGAGGAAAUAAAUAUUCAUCCCAUAGUAUAAGACACCAGAUAUGUUUGAAUGUACAGUGUAAAUUGUUAGUGCGUGUAAGGUUGGAAAACUUAAGGACUUUCCUUUGUAUAAGGUGAAGACCUUUUCCUCAUAAAUAAUACAACCUUUUCUUUCAUUUUUCUUAUUUUGUGUGAUAUAUCUACGUACCCCAGCCUCCCUCCUCAUCACCCACAAAAAUUUAUCAUUGUGCAUUAAAAAAAAUACAGUACUUACACAAGCUUGUAAAUUAUGAGAGAAGAUUCACUGUAUAGAGUAAUUUUGUUAGUUCAGUUUUAUUUGUGUCGUUAAGAAAGAAA